AUGCCGAGGUCUUUCCUGGUGAAAAAGGUGAAACUGGAUGAUUUCUCCACCGGGGAUGAUUUGGAGAACGCCUACCGGCCCAGGACGGAGCUCAGCCUGCGGCUGCAUGACAAAGCCGGCUACAUCAGCGACUACAUCAGCCCGUCGGCGUACGAUGGCGAGAGCGACGGCGGGAUCAAGGUGCCGUCCCCGGACCCGCUCUACGACGGCAUUCACAGCGACUACGGCGCCCCGGACUCGGAGUCCCCCGACAGCCCGGGCUCCGAGCUCACCGACGGCUACAUCAACGGCGACGCGGCGGUCAGCGACGGCUACUCGGUGGACGCCUUUUACAUCACGGACGGCCGCUCGAGGCGGAAAGCCAUGGGGAGCCCGCGCAGCAUCCAGAGGCACACGUGCAACGAGUGCGGCAAGACCUACGCCACCUCGUCCAACCUGAGCCGGCACAAACAGACGCACCGCUCGCUGGACAGCAAGCUGGCCAAAAAAUGUCCCACCUGCGGCAAAGUGUACGUGUCCAUGCCCGCCAUGGCCAUGCACCUGCUCACGCACGACCUCAAGCACAAGUGCGACGUGUGCGGCAAAGCCUUCAGCCGGCCGUGGCUCUUGCAGGGCCACAUGCGCUCGCACACGGGCGAGAAACCCUUCGGGUGCGCCCACUGCGGCAAGGCCUUCGCAGACCGCUCCAACCUGCGCGCUCACAUGCAGACGCACUCGGCCUUCAAGCACUUCAAGUGCAAACGCUGCAACAAGACCUUCGCGCUCAAGAGUUACCUGAACAAGCACUACGAGUCGGCCUGCUUCAAAGGCCCCUUUUCUCCUCUCGGACCCCUGGAUGCAUGA